ACACACUGCGCAUGCUCCAGCCGCGGCGCCCCCGACUCCGCACUCGGCUGGGUUCGGGCAUUUCCGCCUCUUUGUUUUAAACUCUGCACGGCUUUUUUCUCCUCCUCUUGGGGGGGACCCAGAGGGAGCGGCGCCCCCUCCCCCUCCCGGCGAGCCCCCGCGUGCGCCCGCUCGCCCGCCGCCCGAGACGCAGACUUCACAAUGUAGCCCCGAUUCCAGACUGUCAUUCACAGAAAAUGGAAAAGGAACAAGGGACAGAAGGAAGGUGCAGAAGCCAGCCAGAACUCAGAGUGAGGAGGGAUCAUCGCAUCCACUUGGUGGCCUGAAGCCUCCAUGCCACCGAGUGAGGAAGGACACGCAGACAUCCAGAGGAGAAGCCAAAGAUGUUGACCAGGAAGAUUAAACUCUGGGAUAUAAAUGCCCACAUCACCUGCCGCCUGUGCAGCGGCUACCUCAUUGACGCAACCACAGUGACUGAGUGUUUGCACACAUUCUGCAGGAGCUGCCUGGUGAAGUAUCUGGAGGAGAAUAAUACCUGCCCCACCUGCAGGAUCGUGAUCCAUCAGAGCCACCCAUUACAGUAUAUCGGUCAUGACAGAACCAUGCAGGACAUUGUUUACAAGCUGGUGCCAGGCCUCCAGGAAGCGGAAAUGAGGAAACAGAGGGAAUUCUAUCACAAACUGGGCAUGGAGGUACCAGGUGACAUCAAGGGGGAGGCGUGCUCAGCAAAACAGCACUUAGAUCCCCGAAAUGGUGAAACCAAAGCAGACGACAAUUCAAAUAAAGAGACAGCAGAGGAGAAGCAGGAGGAGGACAAUGACUACCACAGGAGUGACGAGCAGGUAAGCAUCUGUCUGGAAUGCAACAGCAGCAAACUACGUGGCCUCAAGCGGAAGUGGAUCAGAUGCUCAGCCCAAGCAACUGUGCUGCACCUGAAAAAAUUUAUCGCCAAGAAGCUUAACCUCUCCUCCUUUAAUGAGCUGGACAUUUUAUGCAAUGAGGAGAUCCUGGGCAAGGACCACACUCUCAAGUUCGUGGUUGUUACAAGAUGGAGAUUCAAGACAUUGCUGUGGAACAGCUGUCUUUCUGGAUCCACCCACCCAGCCAGGGUCUUUAUCACCACUCCACUCGAUCCCCUGAAUCCAGGGGAUCAGAUGUGGUAGUUCCCACGGUUGGAACAAACUCUCAAACUUUAGGGUACCUUUCUCUGUCAGGAAACUGGUGUGGCAGUCCCCGUCCAGGACUGGAAGGCAGCUCUUCUACCUCUAGCCAUGUUGUUGCCCAGACGAAGGGGACAGAGACAGCAUGGCCAGCCAAAGACAAGGAUGACCAGUAGUUGGGGCUGAUUAGGGCAAGGGUUGGAAGUGUAAGAGACUGCAUAGGAGAAACCAGGGCUAGUGUAGUGGGCAGGAGGAACAAGUUCAGGUUCUGGCUACAUGGGCCCUGUCGUGAGCCCCAAACACCACAGAGGCGAUCACUGGGUCACCUGGGACCAAUGAUAGUUACUCCUUGCCAUCCAGAACUAAAUUCAGUUGUAGUAUUGCCAGUCCAGUUGUGUGCCUAAGGUUUGAGUACACAUUACGGGCUCCUUGCACCUCCCUCAGCCACCUUUGUUUUUGUCUUGCAGAAGGCACCCCUCCUGCUACACUACAGACCCAAGAUGGACUUGCUGUAAGUUCAGCCAGACUCAGCCCACACCCAGCACUCUACAUGGCAAAAUGUGCUGUGGAACGUUGCCUCUGGGUGCCAUGCGGACCAGAUUUCUGAAUAGAGAAUAUUUAUAACUUUUGUAUGAGAGAAUCCACUCCCAACAAGACACUACCAGCACGCGUUUACAGAGGAUGAAAACACUUCGCAGUUUGCUCGUCUCUGCUUCAGGUCCACAGGCCAGAGAAGAAGUGAAACAUUAGCACGUCCCACACCACGUCUGACACGCAGCACCUCUGCUUGCUUUCCAGGGCUUGAGAAUCUUGAGUUUCAGUUUAGUUCAUGGAUUAGGUUUCAUAAUAAGCCUCAAAAAUAUUUGUACUUUAAGUCCUUUGUAAGUUAUUGAAAGUCUUUUCAUGGUAAAUAUUUAUGUUGCUUUUAGCUUCCUGAAGACUUAAGAGAUAUAUAAAAUUUUAAUUUAAAGUAUACCCAAAGAGGCUUGCAGCAAUGCUAUGACUUAGCCGCGGUGUUUAAUUUCUAGGGUACUCAGAAGCCCAUCCCCGAGGUUGAGUCUGAGACUGUGCAUCCUGAGAUGGCCUGUGUUGGUUGGGCAAGACAAGAACCCUUCCAUCACUCCCCAGUGUCAUGUGGCUGUAAUCUGGCUCCCCCAGUAAGGCAAACUAGAGGUGGUGUGGCCAGUGCAGCACUGGCUUGUUGAAAAGUUCUUGGAAAGACAGUUUUCCUUAGAGAGGCCAUCACUGAAGCUCCUGCCUUUUCCAUUCUGUUUUCCUUCUGCUGGAAAAAUGUAGUGGUGGCUGUGUUUGUCACUUACCAACCAGCACAUGCCAUCCAGUGGGGAGACUUUAUAAAGACACUUAGGAGGUAGCCUCUAGCCUCCAUGUUCCUGGUAGAUCAUGGGGUUAACAUGCGUUCUUUGGGUCUUUUUCAUGAAAGGUAACUGAGCGACCUGCUCACUUGAGGAAACAGCUCGCUUCAGCAGAAGUGGCUUUUUCAGUCAUAGAGAGGAUAGUAUUUGUUAACACACACACCUUUCUCACAUACAAUUUAUUGCUUUGUUAGGUUAGAGAAUGAAUAAGACACUAGCAUAUCCAACUUCAUUCCCUCUGCAGGGGUAUGAGGGCAAGAGUAAGGAGAACGGGUCCUGACCUGGGGUCCCAGGGACCUCUCAGCCUGGGUGCCCUUCCAGGUCCAGUGAGAAUUGUAGGAUCCUAUAAUCCCAGCAGUACCUCUGCUCUUGGUGAGCAUAUGAGAUCUUAGUGUAUCCCUGGGGGUCAGGCUUUCUGAGUCUUCACCUUAGCAACUGGAAUAUUUUCUUGAGUUUGCUUUGACAGUUGGAAUUGAGUUUAUCAACACCCACUUUUUCUUCUACUUCCUCUUUCACAUACACAGUGUCAGAAGCAGCGAUUAGUGAGACUUAAUGUUGGUAAGUAAGAAAAAAAACAUCCAAAUUAACUCAAUCUUUAAUGUCUGACCUUCUAAAACAAAAGCAAGCUCUUUUUGUUUUGAAUUAAUCAAAAUUCACCUUUCUAUGUAAGCCAGUUUGGAUUAUUCAGUUUCCUGAGUUUGCUGUCCAUUCAAAUCAUUUCUAGAGUUACUAUACAAGGGUUUAUGCGUAAAUAUUACCUUUCUACCUCAGAACACACGUGCUGCUGAAGCAUUCUGCAAGACCGUGUUCUCACAAUGCAGUUACAUUAGAACUUAGGUAUUUUCCCAUGUGGUGAAAUUAAGCAGUUACAAACCUCCAAAUUCAAGUAAAGUUAAUUUACAGAUCAGAUCAAACUUAGUAUGGCUGUAUAAUCUCAUGAUAUAUAUUUGUAACUUUGUAGCUACUUUUAGAAUCACUUGACUCUGCUAUGGUGCUAAGUUGAUAGAUCUAAGUAUUCAGCGAGGUGGACAUUGCAACCGAUGUCUUAGCUGGGCGCCACCGCCCCAACAGCCCUGCUUCUGUCACCACGUUAACCUGUUAAACCUCAGCAGCAAAAUACCUAUUUUUCUAAGAUUCCAUCCCCGCCUGUGUGCACUGCAGACGGUCUCCUGAUGCCCUUCUGCCCUUUGGUCUGACCUGUAGCCUUACCUCGCUCAGAGAUGAAGCAGAGUGAGCUGGCGUCCGAUGGAAGCUUCCGGGCGCCUUAUUUCACUCCUGCCAAGCUCCACGUGACAUCCAAGGCCGAAUUUUAUUUUUCCAGCAUGAACACUAGGAUCAGUUAGCGAUUGGUCCUGUCAAGCUUUCUCAGCAGGCGGAGCUCCUGCGAAGUUGUUUUCAUAGCUGCCGAUGCUAGAAAUCGGGUGCGGCCGGCCGGCAGCUCUGAGACCAGCCUCCCAGCACGUGGUCUCGCUCAACACCAUUUUCACAAAAAUAGAAAACUCAGAUAGAAUAUAUAAUAUUGAAUUUAAGAUUUGGGGGGUUAAAAAAAAGAAAACUUAACUUUAUAAAAUUAUUUAUUCUAUUUUAAGCCUUCUAUCAUAUUUUCCCAUCCAAUUGUUUGGUUUCCGUGGUCCAGCUUUAUUUACAGGCAUAUAAGAUAAAAUUGUGAGAUGUUUUGCAAGCUUCUUUUACUUUUUGUAGCCUUUGGUUUGUAUGUUUUUAUAGGGAUGAAGAGGCAUUUUUAUGCUUUUGUGCAAUAGGUUCCAACAUGCGUUUAUUAGUGUUUAAAUUGUGAUCUAGCAUCUACUAAAUUGAAAGGGAAUAUAGGUGGAAUUUCAAAAUCUGUGCGUUCAGCUAUUUGGUUUUGCCUUUUUCACUGUUAUUAUAAGAAUGCUGUUACCGGGAUUAUGUGCGUGCAAGAGUGAGUGUGUGUGUGUUUGCGUGUGUGUGUGUUUGCGUUUGUGUGUGUGUGUGUGUGUACGUACUUUCUAUCAAUAUUAAAAGAUAAACAGCCAGGCAGGAAGUGACGAGGUUAGCACCAUCUUAGGCUUGCAUCUCUGUGGGUGCACCCAAGUCCUCGAGCUAAAUCUGUGACUAAGCCACCCUGGGUGUUGGGGUUUCACUGUCCCCACCUGGUAGUGCUACCCUCCACUGGCCUGCAGCUCCUGACACCUGCCCUGGCCAGCAGAGACUUGGAGGCUGGUGUGUUUCCUUUCUAAGGGCAUACAGGGUGGUGUAUUACAGUGCUCUGAAAUGUAUCAUUAGAUUUAAUGUUCCAGUAAUGAGCCAACUGAGUUCUACUUUGUAUAUGGAUAUGUUCCUAAAACAUUGACAGUAAAUUGAGUGCAGAUAGUGAAAUUCCCACACACACACCUACACACACACACACACACACACACACACACACAACACACGUGUCUGUUUCCUCAGGAAAUCAUUUAAGCCCCAACACAUCACAUGUGACCUUAACAUGAAAACAAAAGUUUUCUCUGCCUUGAUAUUAAAUACACUAAGUAAAUAAACUGAGAUGCGUAGAUUAGGAAAUCACUUAAUUGUACCACAGUCUGCAUAUCUUUGCAUUCCUGCAGGCAGGGAUUAGACCAUGGUCUCACACCCAGUGUUCCUGUUGUCAUUUACUUCCAUCCAAGAGCACAUUUGGAGAAAGAACUAAGGUGUGCCUGUGAGAUGGAACUGAGGUGUGCCUGUGUGUCACUUUAGCCAGUGACUCACACUCACUGUUUAGUUCCAGCUCUCAACUUGUGCCAGACACGGUUUUCCCAAGCGAAGGUAACAUCAGGUUACGGACAGCAGCGCCACCUGAGCUCUCACGCUGGAGCGCAGCCACAGCUAGCAACGGUCACGGUGUAUGAAAUGCUGCAGAUACAGAGUUUUUGACUGUUUAAUUUGAAAGUUUACAUUUUUUAUGAUUGCGUUAGUGUGUAAUUUUUGUACCAUCAGUGGCUAGUUUUUGUCUAAAAUCUUUUUUGGAAUAUUGCUUAAUGUUUUGAUUUUAUGAUAGUGAAGCUUGUAUUCAGUGUUUUGCCAAUUAAUAUUAUAUGCUUGUAAUAAAAGCAGAAGAAAAACUUAACUAAAAUCUCCCAGUCUGGCAAUGUUUUUACCUAAGGUAUAUGUUAAGAGUUUGACAGAUAAUGUGUUACAGAACAUGAUCAGCCCCCUCCAGCUUCCAGGCUCAGCCAUCUGGGGAUAGAAAGUAUCCAGGAAAACCAACCAACCAACCAAAAUCCUCCAAACAAGGUUUUGUUUGUUUUAUUUUUCUGUUCAUAGUCCCUAACUAUAGUAUAAUAAUUGCUUCUAUAGCAUUUGCUUUGUUUUCAUUGGUUUUGGUUUUUGAGAUUGAGUCUCUGUGUAGUCUUGAUAUCUUGGAACUCACUUUGUAGACCAGACAAGCCUUAAACUCUAGAUCUGCCUGACUCUGCCUCCUGAGUGCUGGGAUGAAAGGUGUAUGCCACCAUGUUUGGCCACACUGUAUAAUUUACUAUAAGUCAUCUAGAGAUAAUUUCAAAGGAUUCAGGAAUGGUGUACUAUUAAAAAAAAAAAAAAGCUGUUUUAUUAAAGGGCUUGAGCAUCCUCAGAUUCUGAUGUCUACAGGAGAUCUGACCUCAAGGACACUAAGGAGCCUGUGCAGUGAACUGCUCUAGAUGCUCUCCACUGAGUCAGGCCUCACUCUCUCAGGAACACAUGCCCACUGUGUCACAGUCAUGGAAGUGGGUGGAGUGGGGGGUGCCUGCUGGAAAAACCCCCUUAUCAACCCCAUCCCCACCUAACACUAGCAUUUCCUCUUAAGUUUGAUCUCUGGAAGCAGCCUUCCCCCACGCCCCUUUGUGGCUUAAAAGAAUACCUGGACUUUCAGACAGGAUAGCAAUAAAUUCACAGUUACAGAAAGCCCACAUUUCCCCAAGACAAAAGAAGUUGUUUCUCUUGAGGUCUUCCUGAAGUUUUGUCUGUUCUUUGGGCAGAGGCUGUGUGUGGCUCAUGCUUUUGUUGUAUGUGAGUAUGUAGAAAAAUCCACUGAUUUCCAUACUGAAUCUGGCAGGCAUUUUCUGGAUUUCCGUGGAAACCUCUAAGCCCUGGCUGAAGAGCAGGAGUGAGCAAGAUAGCAAGUAGGUUGUAGAGUCUCAGAGUUCGUGAUUGAAAGAUUUUGUUUUAAGCAUGAUUCAGGUUGUAGUGUUUUGAUAAAUACUAUUUGCCAAGUCAAGAACUUCUUUCCUGAUACUGCUUAUAAAAAAGUAUGAUCAGAAAUUUGUACUAUUGAGCAAAAAACAAAAACAAACAAACAAACCCCACAAAAUUAACAAUUUUGCUUUUUUAUUUGAACAUUUAACAUGUACAGAUUUAUAUGAACUUCACUCUAAUCAAAAGGCAGUGAGUACCUCAAGGAACUCUUUAAUGCAAACCAACUGUUGUAGCUGGACUUUGGCUACUUUGUGGUUCUUCUUUCUUCCACCCUUUCAACUCACUAACACUAGAUAGGAGAGGGAAAAGGAUAAGGGGGGCAACUAUAUCAUUAUACUACUUCCUGCUGACUAGAGGCACUUCUUGGGGCAAGUUUGCUGUCAGCAUAUCUAAUUUCUUCUUUUUGUCUCUUCACACAUGACUACUUGACAAACUGCAGCCAACAACAUCUAGUCACCAACUGGCCAACCGACCAGCAGCUCCUCUCCGGGUAUUUGCAUAUCAUCUGAAAAGUCCCCAGAAAUCCAUACAUCACACACUGGAAGAAACUAUCCGCAGCUGGCAAAAUCACAACCCUGCUAGAGCACAAGGCAAAUCACAGCUGCUGUGGGCAGUCUGAAGCAGCCCCAUACUCCACACCUGAGAUUAAAACGAAGACUAUUCUUAUAAUAGUUAUGUGUUUCUAAAGAAACCAAAGUUCUCACCGCACACUUAUCACAUCCUAAGUUAUAUUGUUGAGAAGUCAUUAAUAGAAUUGGCCAUAUAUAAUCUUCACAAUUGUAUUGAGUAUCUUUGAGAUUCAUCCUGUUGAUUGCGUCAGUACUCCUUGUUUAAAUACUGAAUAUUAUUUCCCUGUGUGAACAAAACAGUUUACUUGUAAUGUGAUGAUACAUUUUAUUUCAGUUGUUUUAAUUGUUUUUAGGUUUAUCUUAUGUGUAUGAGUGUUUUAUUUGCAUGUGUGUGAGGUGCCCACAGAGGCCAGAAGAAGGCACUGGAUGCCCCUACAAGUGGAGUUGCUGAGAACUGAGCCUGGGUCCUCUGCAAGAGCAGCCAGUAUUCUUCUUAACCACUGAGCCAUCGCUCUCUGGCUUCCAGAGCAUCAUUUUUGCCCAUUUAACAUAUGGCUUUGUCUUGUAUGCAAUGUCUGUGCAUAUCCCUCCCACCUUCGAGUUACUUUUUGGGGGAGAGAGCAAGUUGAGACUAGGUUUCACUAGGGUUAGAGUUAGGGUUAAGAGCCCUGGCUGUCCUAGAACUCACUUUAUAGACCAGGCUGUCCUUGAACUUGGAGAUCUGCCUGCCUCUACCUCCCCAAGUCCUGGGAUUAAAGGCCUGUGCCACCACUACCCGGUGAGUUACUUGUUUUCUUAACUACUGAGUUUUAAGAAAUCUUUGCAUUUUCUGAAGCCAGUUGGGUAAGUGAUUUGCUAAUAUUAUUUUCUCCUCAUCUCUACUUGUCUUCCCCCCACCCUUGACUUUUCUAAUAGAUCUUUCUCUAAUAAAGUCACAUUUAUAAGAACAUA